UGCCUCCACCAAGUCACACGUUGAUGAUACUCUUCAUUGCCAUGGUCAAACCUCUGUUUCUUGCCCAAAAAACUAAAUAAAUAAAGAACACUCAAAGUCUCUUCUAAAUCUCUCUCGACUAAUUCCUUUCAUCCCACUCUUUCCAGAUUUCUGUUUUGAGUUUCCGGAAUUUUGUGAUUUGACCGUGAAUUUUCAGCGAGGGUGGUUCAGUGUUAUCUGAAGAACUCUGUGUUGGAGCUGUACACUUUGGGGGUUUAAGGUGGUGGGAGUGUUCUUUUCAUCUCUAUUCGUUAUUGUUUUAUGGUAAUGCUGUUAUAUAGAGUAUAGAUACAGUUGAUCGUCUGCUAUGACUGUAAGGACUUGAAAUUCACUUUGGCUUAUGUUAUUGGGACUGAGAACAUGAUUGGGAGGAAAAACAUGGGGCGGGUUUCGCCGCUACUUUUGGUGCUUCUGGCACUUGGAUUUUCCUUUGCAACAUAUAAUUUGUUGACCAUGAUAAUGCACAACAAGGCAUUCAAUUCGGCAAGGUGGGCAGUAGAUGAUGCAGAAUUAUCUGACCAAAUGGCUGGGGAGAGGACACUUGGGAACUCAAAUUCAAAGUUUCAUGUUGCUCUUACUGCUACUGAUGCUCCUUAUAGCCAGUGGCAGUGUAGGAUUAUGUACUAUUGGUAUAAGAAGGUAAGAGAUAUGCCCGGGUCAGAGAUGGGAAAGUUUACACGAGUUCUACAUUCAGGAAAUCCUGACAAUUUAAUGGAGGAGAUUCCAACCUUUGUUGUCGAUCCGCUUCCUGAAGGUCUAGAUCGGGGCUAUAUUGUGUUAAACAGACCAUGGGCUUUUGUGCAGUGGUUGGAAAAAGCAACCAUUGAGGAAGAAUACAUUCUAAUGGCAGAGCCUGACCACAUAUUUGUAAACCCAUUGCCUAACUUGGCACAGGGGAAUCGUCCAGCAGGAUUUCCAUUUUUCUACAUUAAACCAGCUGAACAUGAGCAAAUUAUUAGGAAGUUUUAUCCUGAGGAGAGGGGUCCUGUCACAGACAUAGACCCUAUUGGAAAUUCUCCUGUAAUUAUAAAAAAGUCCAUUCUGAUGGACAUUUCACCUACAUGGUUGAAUAUUUCUUUAAGAAUGAAAGAUGACCCAGCAACUGACAAGGCAUUUGGAUGGGUGCUAGAAAUGUAUGCAUAUGCUGUAGCAUCAGCAUUACACGGGGUGCAGCAUACACUUCGUAAAGACUUCAUGUUACAGCCACCAUGGGAUCUAGAAGUAGGGAAAAAGUUUAUCAUCCAUUACACAUAUGGAUGUGAUUACAAUUUAAAGGCAGAAUUGACAUAUGGGAAGAUUGGAGAAUGGCGUUUUGAUAAGAGAUCUUAUCUUAGUGGACCUCCACCAAGAAACCUCUCUCUACCUCCACCAGGAGUUCCUGAAAGUGUGGUGAGACUUGUGACAAUGGUGAACGAAGCGACAGCUAAUAUACCCAGGUGGGACACGCUGAACCAUGGCUGAGAUUGGAAGUAAGAAUAUUAGUCACAGAUGCUUUUGUUAAUUGGAAUGCUGCUCCAGCAGCCUCAUUCAUGGAGUGUUACCAAUAAUUGUCACAUGUAAUCAAAGAGCGGUAUAGAUAUAGAAUCAAAGGUCUUCUUCACAGGUCAGAUAAGAGAUGCUUCGAUUUUCAUAACUUCAUAAAGUAUUGAGUUUCUCUAAAUUUUUUUACAUGUAUAUCUAUCUCUUACAUUUGGAGUAUAUAGUUAAAGAUUUUCUGGUUCAUAUUUUGGACCUGUAAAUCAAAAUCCAUUGUUGCCACGGCUUUUAA